AUGACAGCACAGGGUGUCCAACAGGAAGCAGGUCGACAUGAUGACCCAGAUGCUUCUAGAGUUCAUGAGUUCUUAAGAAUGAAUCCACCAGAGUUUGCUGGGAUCCAGAGAACGUUAUGUAUAAGUUGUAGAAGGUGUUUCAGGUUAUGCACAUUACUGAUGCAGAGCGUGUUGAGUUGGCUGCCUAUCAGCUCAAGGGAUGGACUUGUUCGUGUCAGGACUCUUCUGUCUAUCGGUAAAGAGGGUAAGGCCGCUAUGCUGAUUGGAGAUAUAGAUAUAGUUAGACUGAUGAUUCAUGUGCAGCAAAUGAAGGAAGAUAAACUGAAGAAGAGGGAAGAGUUUCACAAUAAGAGGGCUAAGACAUCAAACCAUGAGUUUUGCAAAAAAGGGAGUGGAAAUGGUAACCACCCAUCUUUUCAGCAGAGGUCUUCUAGACUUGCACCAUCGUCAGCCAGUGUGCCCACACCUAGAAACAAGAAUGAUCAGAUUCCUCAGAAUUUUAGAACAUAG